UCGAAGAGCUCUAAUGCCUUUUUUUAAGCUUGCACAGAAACAGGUUAACUUCUUGCAUUUUUAAAUCUCUGCGCUUCAUUUUCGAACCGUCUGCGGAGUCCACCGAGAGGAGGAUGCUGUACAUCUCUCCUCUCCCUCCUCCAGUCUCAGGCAUGGCGUGAGUCGAUUCAGCGUUCACCAGUUCGUCUGAUCACUUGCUGAAGGUUUUUCUUGCGUCAUGGCGUGUCCAGCUGUAAACCUACGUAGUCACGGUUGAGCUGCGACUGGUUAGCCCAGCUUGGAGAAGUACUACUUCUGUGAUGAACAUUCACAAUGGGCACAUCGAAAGGUGCUGUCUCAAAGGCUAGUCAGAAGCCCGACUUCUUCGGCUCUAUCAACGAGCGAACAGUGGACGAUAUUUCCUUGGAUUUCUUCUACAAACCUCACACAAUUACACUGCUAACAGUGUCUAUCAUUGUGCUGUUGUACUUCGCCUUCACACGUAUUGUCUCCUGUGAUUUACCAUCCAGACUCUUGGUGGCACCAUCAGUCCACUCACUGGGAGCUGAAUUUGAAGCUAUCUGCUUGGCGUCCAAAAACGGCUCUCCAUCUCUGAUGCCAGCCUCCUGUGUGCACUCAGGAGAGACCUCACUAGAUGAUGCAAAUCUGGAGCAGAAUAUGUGGAGUGGUAUCUGCUGCGUAGCAUUUUUCUUCCUCAUCAUCAGUGUCCUCGCCUUCCCAAAUGGUCCCUUCACUCGACCACACCCAGCUGUGUGGAGGAUAGUCUUUGGCCUGAGUGUACUCUACCUUAUGGGCCUACUGUUCCUGCUUUUCCAAAACUACACCACAAUCAAGAAUGUCAUGUACUGGUUCUACCCAAAGCUUCAAAAUUUCUCCAUAGACUUGGAAAAGGAGUAUGGUGUGAACUGCUCAGACAUCACCCUGGAGAAGUUGUGGGCCCAUAUGGAUGUGUUUGCCUUUGGACACUUCUUUGGCUGGGCCAUGAAGGCCAUACUGGUGCGGCACUAUGGCAUAUGCUGGGCAAUAAGCGUCACUUGGGAGAUCACGGAGAUGGCUUUUGCACACCUGCUGCCGAACUUCAAGGAGUGCUGGUGGGAUGCCAUUGUGCUGGAUGUGCUUUUGUGCAAUGGUUUGGGCAUCUGGUUUGGCAUGCGCAUCUGUGAGAAGCUUGAGAUGCGCACCUACAAGUGGGAAAGCAUUAAGAACAUUCAAACGACAACGGGAAAGAUUCGGAGAGCGCUGCUGCAGUUUACACCUGCCAGCUGGACACAUGUGCGGUGGAUGGACCCUACGUGCACCUACAUGCGGUUCCUGGCUGUCACGGAGCUAGUCAUUUUUUGGCAGGUAACAGAGUUGAACACAUUCUUCUUGAAGCACAUAUUCGAGGUACCCCCGGACCACCCGCUGAGUGUGGCAAGGUUAAUGCUCAUCGGCAUCAUUGUGGCACCAACGCUGAGGCAGUACUACAGCUACGUUACAGACACAAGGUGCCGACGGGUGGGCACACAAUGCUGGGUAUUUGGUGCCAUCAUGCUAACAGAGGCCAUAAUCUGCAUAAAGUUUGGACUGGAGCUCUUUGCUCAAACACAGAUAAUGAACAUCCUGCUCUGGGUUUUUCUUCAGUUUGUUAUGAGCGUCGCUUGCGUCUAUGGAUGUGUUCUUUAUGCAAAUUAUCACGGAAAGUAUCACGAUGGUGAGGAGGUCACAACAGCGGACACUUUGACGCAACCAUGCGACAGCAGAGCUGCCGAUGCAACCGCAGAUGAGGCCGGUGAUGCCGUGUUGAAACCACCCUUGUCAAAUGAACGCACCGUGCAGCGACGCAAGCAAAAACAUGUGAACGGAUCCCUGUAAAGCCAGAGGCCAUUGAAUGGCCUUUGCCUUUCAAGGCGCUUGUCUUUUUAUAACCAAAGAGAAUGCAUCCAACGCACAUUGUUGAGACAGCUGAUCAACAAAAGAUGUGCUUGAACUGCUCAACUCAACCUUGGACACUGUGCUUGAGAACUUCGACAGUUCUCUCUUCCUUAGGCUUCUUUUUUUUUUUUUUUCUCCUGUUGUGUGACAUGUGCAUGCAGCAAGUGUGACAAGUGACUGUGUGGAAAAAUGCUGUUAAGGUUGCAAGACCUGGAAUACACUGGCAUAUAGGAGGCAGAUAUGGGUAUGCCCAUUGAGAAAAACCUAACCUUUUUCUAAAUGGGCAAAGGGGGCAAAUUACGUGAAAGAACUCUGAUUGCACUUUAGGAAAGCGGGAACGUGUUGCGUGGAAAUUCUAUAACAUACUCUCGUCACAAAGGGUUAAGCUUGAUAAGCUUUGCCCAUGGUAGAGUAGUAUUUUUUGUUAUUGUUACAGCUUUACAGUUGCUCCAUGGAGGAGAGUGAACAUUACCACUGUCCUUGCUCUCCCUGUACAGAUUGUAUUACUACACAGUCAUCAGUCGCCAUAAUGUGAUCGAAAUUGACACAGUAGAAAAUGUGUGUUGAAGUGUAUUGUGUUGUCGCUAGAAUCAUUGCCGAGUAGCAUAAUCGUCAGAAUGUGUUUUCUGUUCGUGGUGUUUGAAGAGCACAUAUCACAUGCUCUGUGGAAGUGUUCCUUGGAGAAGUAAAGAUGCAGAAAUGGCAACAUUCCAUUGAGGAUAUCAGUUGCAUUUGUGGUAGAAAGAAGAGAGCAGUCAUGGAAGCAGCAUAAUCUAACUCAUUUUAGAAACUGAAUGCAGGUUCCCUGCUUAAAUGUGAUGUAUUAGGUAAGCUGCUCACUCAGAUGGUGAACUACUUUGUUAAAAAUACCUUCUCUAGUUUAUAUACGCCCAUGAAGAGGUGUUCUUUACAAAGCACCUAUAGGCUUUCUUGCUAAACAAAGAUAGUUAUUUGAUGUUGUGAUUGACUUCAGAUAACCUGAAUGGGAUUUUAGCUUAUGCUGAAAUUUCACUAUAUGGUGGAAAACCUUGUUGCUUAGUGUAAUCACACCUAUAAUCACAAAAUAAGUAUACACCUAUUUUUAUUAAAAUAUAAGCAACAAACAAAAAUUGAGUCUCCCUGUUGGCGUUCUGCUGCACUAUAGUCAAACUUGGCUCCUGUACCGUGAAACCCUAACAAAAACUCUCCAGUUCUAGAAAGAGCAAUUAUAGGAAACUGCUGAUGACUGCCUUGAUUGGUCUGGAUAACCGAUGUCAGGUUAAGGCUUGAUGUUCAUUGAAGUACCAUGAACUUGUCACUCGGGAGGUGCAAGGGGCGUCACCAUAGGUGUCUCAUUGAGAAACAGCAAAACUGUGAUGUCGGGACAUUUCUUGCACGAGCAUGCCCAAGUUCCAAGAGACCUGUGCCGGAGCAUGGAAUUGAUUUAAUGAAAUGUUAGCUGAAAUGAGUAGUAGCAUGCAGUUUAUAUACAGCAAAGCUUAACAACCAACCUCUGGGAAGUUACAGGUGCUUGGCAGUGACUUGGUCGACAUCGACUAGAUCAAUCCGGCACUUUGCUAAAAUUUUGAACAGAUUUUUAAUCUAUACUGUUGCCUCAUAUUGCUGGAUUGAAAAAGAAGAAAGAAAAGUUGUGCACACCAGUGUAUGUAAACGCUUUGCAAUGUUACACUACACACUAAGGUCCUAAACUUGACAUGCGUGUAGACGAAGUGAUGCAUGCAACUGGUUUUAACAUGCCCACAAAGAAAAGGUCGUUAUAUAGGUUGGGCAUGUAGUUGUGCUGUUCUGAUAUUGUCUUGUGGAUGUCAUUUCGAGACUGCAGUCAUGGCAUUCUGUCAGUAAUGGAGUAGCUUAUCACUAGGUCUACCAUUGUCUUGUACAUGUUUGUGGUUGAAACACAAGUGUCUUCGUUGAAAGAAGAAAAAAAAACGAACAAACAAUUCAGUGCCAUUUUUCAUCUCGUGUAGUGUACUGGUUGUAAGGUGAACAUGAAAUGUACACGAGUGUUCUUGUGCAUGUAUUUGCUUUAAAAAGAAAACUGUGCUUGCAAUGGCUUGUAGGGUUCUUUCACAAAAUGGAGCUUGAUUGCCACGUUCACUUACUGUUCCCAGCCAGUUUCACACACAGCGUAUUAUUAGAAUUAAAAAUUUGUCAAGUCCCUGCUUUGUUUCUGAUCUUGCUGGUCUUCCACUGUGGUCAGCACUUGGCUGAUCUUCAAGCAGUUAGGCAAAGCAGUAGUCCCUAUGUGAUAUGCCUCAGACAGCCUUCUGCACAUGAAAUUCUGUCUAAAGAAGCUGAUUGCAAAACAACAAAGCAUCACUGCAUGGGCUGUGCUUCCUUCCUGUUCACGCUUCUGGUGCAAGACCUUUUGCAUCAACAGGAGCUUCGAGCACAAGCUUGCCAGCUAAUAUCAAUUGUCCAUCUACAUAUAUGGGCAGCCCACCUGCUGAGUAUUCCUACUCCCAUGGUAUAUUGUCAUGUCCUAUGAGUGGGUAUGCCAAUUCCAAGCACCUUGUAUGUUCUUCAGCAAAGCAUGUUGCUGUUUGGCAUCAGCAACUAAAUGUUAUCUAAUUUUGUGGACUUCACUUGUUUGAACAUAAGGAAGCACUGUAGGUACCUUACACUUGUGAUGGAGUCAAAGCUAGCAGCAAUGCCCACUCGUAUACUUCUGUUAUGUGUUUGCAGUUGUUGCCACUCAGGUCGUGACCAUGUCUUGCUGUUCGGCUUAAGCGCACACUGUCACUUGCGACAUGCUCGUAGUCAGACCCCCGCCUUUAGUUCUGCAGAAUAAUUUAUGCCUGGCUGGCAGUAUUAGUGUCUUUCACAUUUAAAGAACUGAACUGCAGUGUCGCUCACUGAAAAAUAUGUGGAGGUUAGAAAGAAUUUGACUGCUGUUUAUCCUUUUAACCCCAAUUUCUUUCUUUCUUUUGUCAUUUGGGUGUUUAAAAGAGAAAAAUGAUGCAGACACUUUAUUCUCAAACAAGAACAAAUAAAGGAAAGUUAUUUAUCUGC